AUGCUCUACGAUUCUCGAGCGAUACUCGAGGCAUCGCUCUACUUCUCAGCAAUCAUCCUAAUCAUUCUGGACUGGGUUCAGCCUGAAAGCUGGCUUACCGGCUCAUCAGAGGGGUGCGACAUUGUGAUGCUAUUGCUGGUCAUCGCCAAUUGCGCUAUCAUGACGAGUGCUGCUAUCUUUGCUGCAGUUCGUGUAUAUGCUAUUUUUGACCACAGUAAAAUGCUCUUCCUUGUAACCUCAUUGGUUGGAUUGGUGAAUCCUGUUCUGACCGGUUACACGAUGCUCGGUCUCGAAUCUCAGACACAAAAAAGCGUCGCCUCACAGGCAUUUUGUGGCUCUUCACCAUCAGUGGAGUCUGCAAGUUGGAUCACUGGAGCUCGGGUAUCCUCACUCGCUGCAGACGGGCUUCUUCUUGCUCUAACCUGGAUUAAAACACGGAAUUACGCGAACAAUAGCAGAGUGGAAGGUGUGAGAUCACACCUCUCGCAGAUCUUGCUUAAGGACAGCAUAGCGAUAGGACAUCUAAGCGAUUUCUGGAUGGUCACUGCUCUUUGGACACCUGCACUCACGUCCAUUCUAAUGUCGCGACUUCUCCUGGACUUACGCGAGGCUUCCGACAUGGACGUGAAUAACGACAAUGACGAGUACGUCUCGCUAUCAAAAACGUAUAGUGAGGUCAUGUUUGUCACACAUGAAGACUGGCGCAAUGCGCUGCUAUUCGAAGCGCAGCGAAGGUUGACACCCCUCUACCCGUGCAGGAGUCAUGUAGACACUCCGUGGAUAGAGUGCCCGUACAUUUGA